AUGAUGAUAAUCAAAUAUGAUGGUGAUGAUGAAUUUGCUAUAGAAGAUGAACUAGAGGGUACAAAUUCAUUUGAAGGAUUCAUUGCACCAAUUUCAGCAUCGAGUCUUGUUGAUGAUGAAAGUGUUUUGGAUGAAGAAAAUGAAAAUAAUUCAAUGAUGAAAAGAGAUUACAAUGCUCUAAGCAAGAAGAUGAACAUGUUGGUGCGACACUCUGAAAUUUUCUCUACUUGUAAAUUUGAACAUAUGAUGACAGUUCAUGAAUCUAUGGUGAAGACCUUGUUGUUUGAAAGCAAAAUAUUAUUUGAAGAGCAUGAAAAGUUAGUAACUGCUACCAAUGUGAAGAUGGAUGUUGCACUGAAUGAUGUAAAAAAGAUUCACACUUUAAUUUUCAAUGAUAAUACAAUGCACAACUCUACAAUAUCUAACUCCAUCAAUACCUUGGUUUCACAUUAUGAUAUUGAAGCAAAAAUCUCAGAUAUCAAUGCAACUGAAAAUGAGAAUAUCAGUUUGCUCAAAGCAUAA